AUGUCGAGGCGGAAGGACGUGUUUGACGGUAGAGCGAAGGGUGUGGCGGAUCGCUGUCCGGCGGGGUCAGCUCAGGCGACUGAGUUGCUCCCGUCGGCGGCCCCAUCCGGCCCCCCACUUAUGACGAACCGGCGCCGACAACCUGACGAUGACUUGGAUGUUUCUUCUGAUCACUUUUCUCGCUCCCAGGAGCGCAUGCUCGUUCGCAUGCACAAGCUUGCGCAUGGGGGUGACUACCCCGGUCGUGCGGAAGACGUAGCUGCCGUGCUUGCUUACUGCAAUAUCCGGAAGGCUGCUGCACUGCCGGGCACGGGGCGACAGGAGGCAGUUGAGCCGGUGGGGGCCUCGCCAGGUGCGUUGUCUGCGUCCCUGGCGACGGCGGUCUCACUGGGUGCGCCACGAGGGCCGGCCAUGCAAGAGGUUGGUUCUCUCGUGGCUGCUCCUACGGCCCUGCAACAGCAAGAACCCGUUGCCACGCCAGUUACUGCCCCGCCCUGCGCGAAGUGCACUACCGCGGUCUGGGCGGGUGCAAAGCCAGCUGAAGAGGCCGCCGUGAUUGCCGGCGACGACGACUUACCAGACGCUAAUCUUGCGGAGGCUAUUGCUGACGCCGACCGACGUGACGCUGACGAUGCUCGUGCGCUCCGGAAGCGCCGUGCAGACGCGGCUGACGACUCCAAUGUCCGCUCCCAAGCCUCCCACACUGCUCGGCCGCGGAAGAAAGCCCCUAAGGCCUCCCGACCCGCUGCUGCCGCCGCGGCCCAGGUGGUCGCGACGGCGAUGCGCACGAGGGGGCAGCAGCCCUCCACAGGGCCUCCUGCCGUGCGCCUCCCCGAUGAGGACGGGUUCAUCACCCCUGCCAGGCGGCACACGGCGCGGGCAGCUGUCCUACAGCCUGCGCAGCCACUGCCGACUGCCAACGCCUUCCAGGACGCGUCUGUUGACGUCGCGGAUGACGCUGGGGUUCCGCCCCGGAAAGCGACGCCGCGACCCCCGCCGAUUGUGGUCCAAUGGGACGGCCCUUCCUACGUCGCCAUACCGGUACAACAACAACAACAACAACAACAACAGUGCCACGUCGGCUCUGACAGUGGGUGA